AUAGUUUGAAAACCACUAGCCAAGGCAAGCCGCAAAUCAUCUGUUCUUCUAACCUCAACUACGAAAACAAUAAACAGCUGAAAGCAGAAAAAAAAACAACUACGAGAAGUUAUAAAACUUAUAGAAAUAGUUAAAAUAAAUGAAAACUAGUCAAUAAUAAACAUAGCACACUAAAAUGUUAAGAUUUAUUAGACAGUUAAGUACGAAAUGUGUAAGCACUUCCUCAAAAGCCACACAAAAAAGGUGUUUUGCAACAAAUCUGCCGCCACCGCCAAGACCAACACCACCAAAAGGAAAUGCCUCCGCUGAAGCAAUGAGAAAAAAGAACUUAAGGUCCACUCUUUACUAUGUGACAGCUGGAGGAGUUUUAAUAGUGGGUCUGAGCUAUGCUGCAGUUCCCUUGUAUCGCAUGUUUUGCCAAGCCUACAGUUAUGGUGGCACCACCAGUCAAGGUCAUGAUGCCGAAAAAGUGGAGACCAUGGAAAAGGUUAAAGAUCGCAUUAUAAAAGUCCGUUUCAAUGCUGAUGUGGCCUCUUCAAUGCGUUGGAAUUUCCGACCUCAACAGUAUGAGAUAAAAGUGGCUCCUGGUGAAACAGCUUUAGCUUUUUAUACAGCGAAAAAUCCCACAGAUCAUCCGGUAAUAGGUAUAAGUACCUAUAAUGUAGUGCCCUUUGAGGCAGGAGCAUAUUUUAAUAAGAUACAGUGCUUUUGUUUUGAGGAACAACAGCUGAACCCCCACGAGGAGGUUGAUAUGCCGGUCUUCUUUUACAUUGACCCAGAAUAUGUUAAAGAUCCUAAAUUGGAAAAUGUCGACAGCAUAACAUUAUCUUAUACAUUUUUUGAAGCACGAGAAGGUCUGCAACUUAAUUUCCCUGCCUAUGUCAAACCUCAUGCGGCGUGAAUUUCAUUAUUGUUACUAUUGAUUAUUAGCAAAUAAAUAAUGGACAAAAUUUUUUUAA